GUGUCAGCUGUCAGUAAAUUUUGGUUUUCUACUGGGAAAAUAUAUUUUUCAUUUUCAGUUUUUCAGUGUUUUUAAUUUUAUACCGUGAGUUUAGAGUUCACAUAUUUACAAAUAUGUUUAAGGAAAUACGAAUAUUGUGAUGCAUACAAAAUUUGAUUGGGUUAUUGUGUGAACGGCGACAUAAGCACGGCAACAAACUUAAAACAAACAGUGGCGUAGGCCUUGGACACUAAAAUGUUUGCAAGCUUAAAGAGUAAAAUUAAGGAGGAAACUGGAAAUGAUAUCAGCAAACUUACAAGCAGCUGGCGGGCGGGCAACUUGUUGGGAAGAAUAUCGUUUAGGGAUGAUACGACGGCAACAACGACACCAAGCAGCUCUGGUGGAGUGGGAGACACAUCCACAUCAGAAUCAAUAUCACCUCAACUGGAGGCGUACCUGUCGGACCGUACCGGCGGCCAGAUCGACCAGCCCGGGCUGCAGCAGCAGUACACCGGCCAGCUCGAGGCUAAGCUGCGGGAGCGAGACUCUGUGUGGGAGAGGAAGGUUGAGGAACUGAAGCAGACCCUGGCUUCUGUGCAGAGUGAAGAGGCGGCGGCAGCACAAGCAGUGGCGCGCGCCGCUCAAGCCGACGCCCAGCGAGCAGCCGCCGAGCGAGACGCGGCGGAGAGGCAGCUGCGCGACCUGCGGGCCCGGCUGGCGGCCGCCGAGCGCGCGCAGCCCCGCCUCGACGCACUCACUGAGGAGCUAGAAGAGCGUAACCGCGCGUGGUCGACCGAGCGUACGGCGCUCACUCGAGCGGCGGGCGCGGCCGAGGCGCGGGCCGCGGAGUUACAGCAGGAGCUGGAGCUGAUGCGCGCCGCACUGCCGCCCGGGGACCCCAGCCAUCAUAUGCACCCUGCCGAUAAACAAGACCUAGCCCAAACCGGCUGCGAGGCCUACGACCGAGUGUGCCGCGAGAGGGCGGUGCUGGCGCGGCAACUGGACGAGACCAAGAUGGCGCUGGCCGACGUGAAGACCUCGUGGAGCGGGCAGAUCGCCGCGCUCGAGACUCAGGUGGCGCGACUGUCGCGGCAAGCGGGGGAAGAGGGGGCGGAGAGGAGAAGGACAGAGACGGAGAAGAAAGAACUACAGGAGAAACUGAUGGACAUGACGGCCGAGCUGGAGAAAACUAAACAGAGCCUAGCUAAUAGCGAGGCAAAGGACAAAUCGAUGGCGCUGCAACGGGACCUAGACCAGGCGUUAGAAGAGAUAGCUUCUCUCAAGGCCAGCCUGGACAACGAACGCACCCUGGUGAAGCUACUCCAGGAGAGAACAGAGAAGUCUUCAAGACAGUACGAUGAGCAGAGAGCCGAGGUGACCAGGCUUUGUGGGGAGCUGGCGGAUUUGCAGCAGGAGUGCGCGGAGUACCAGAAGGCUGUUGAUAUCGAGCGUCAAGAGAAAGAAGAGGCGUUUCUCCGCAACGCUCACAUGUCUCAAGCGCUGGAGCUGAGCCGCGUGGAGGCGCGCCACCUGGCGGCGGAGUGCGCCGACCUCGCGCAGCUGCAGCAGCUGCACCGGCAGCUCGAGCAGGACCAAGCAGCCUGCAAGUUAAUAAAAGAAAACGAAGCGGCGAGGCAGGCAGAAGUAGAAGAGCUGAAGAGACGAGCGGAGCAGCUGGCGGGGAGCGAGGCCGCGCUACAGCAGACUGUGAGGGAGCUGGAGGCUGAUAUCUGUGAUAAAAAUAAGAAAAUAAAGACUUUAGACAACCGGAUAGCGGACAUGAAGAAGACUCUCCAGCGCGAGCUGCAGGCCAGCCGCAGCGACCACCGCGCGCAGGAGGAGCAGGACAUCAGCAGGAGAUACCUAAAGCACGUGGUCCUCCGCUUCCUGACAGCUCGCGAGCUGGAAGCGAGACAGCUGACGCGCGCUCUCUCCGUCCUGCUCCGACUGAGCGCUCACGAGGAGGCGCUGCUCCGGGCCGCCCUGCCGCCGCGGCAAGGCAUCUCCUCCUGGUUCCCGUCGCUUACCAACACCUGAGCCCCAGGAUGACAUGGCUAGCGAUGUACGAUACUACACGAACAUA